AUGAAGCUCUCCAUCUUUUCUGCCUUCGCUCUCGCUUCCACCGCGCUCGCCGCCAACACGAACAUGGACAUCAAUAACUUCGUCGACUCGCUCUCCGAGAGUCUGCAUAUCAUAUUGCCCAACAUACUGACUCUCGUGGCUGCGCACCAAGCGAAUGAGACGAGUAUUGGCGCGCAGUUCGCGCAGCUGAACACAGUCUGGGACACCGCGGGCCGCGAUCUCGGGAACGUCGCCCCAAGCGACGGAUCGAACACAACGGCGCCGACGAACGACGACAUCUCUAUUACUUUUGCAAGCACUCUCUCGCAGACCGCGAGCAGCCUCUCAAACCUCACACCGACACUGGUGGCCAACGUAAACUCCAUGUUCUCUACGCUGGACCCGAUCGUCUCCGGCACCGUAGCGAACUUCACGACCGCGCUCCCCGGCGGGCUCGCGCUUGUGCACGACUUGAUGCUCGAUGCCAAGCAGUUCUUCCAGGCCGAGGGAAUGUCGCUGACGGUCACUUCACUCGGGUUCUGA